AUGUGGAUGCCACUAGUUCCCUUUCUGGGGGCUCUGCUCUUCGUACAGCCUGCGAUUGCCGAUACAAACGAUCAAACCAAUGCACCAGUUGAUCGUGGAUCUUUCAAAAAUCCAGCUGCACGUCUCCGUCCUAGAUUUCGUUACUGGCUCCCAGAUGCCAGUGUGGACGCCGAUAUUGUUCAAGAAAAUAUAAAGUCUACCGGUGAAAUUGGUGGUGGAGGGGUGGAAUUCCUUCCCUUUUAUAAUUAUGGUGGUGCCGUUGGCGGCGAACCGGCUGAUGCAGACUGGUCAAAGUAUGGAUUUGGUACUGAGCCAUAUAAGAAGCUGUUUGUGGCUGCACUUAAGGCACACAAAGAGGCCGGGCUUGCCAUGGAUUUCCCCAUGGGCCCGAAUCAAGGGCAGGGUGUCCCGGCCGAUCCAGAUGAUGAGGGCCUAUUGUGGGACUUGCAAUCAUCAUCUGUCGUUGUUCCAUCAAGUGGACGUUUCGAUGGAGUGAUUCCGGGAUGGGGCACAGGCGAGCUGGUUGCAUUAAUCUCGGCUGAAGUCCUGACAUCGAAGAACCACACUCUUGCAUCAAGUGGUGUCUCCCUAUUUGGAACAGCCCAGACAUGGUACUUGGAGUUGACGCUUAAGAGUGGCAGCCUCAUGGAGUGGACAGAAAGGGUAUCUUCAACUGGACAUGUGUCUCUGAACCUUCCUACGGCAAAUUCCAAUAGGCUAUUUGCCUUCUAUCAACUCCAGACAUACAGCAAGAACUUGGAAUACACAGAUUCUUCCACCAAAGAUAUUACUGCCAACGGCUCAUUUAUCGUGGAUCACUACAGUGCUCGUGGGGCUCAGACAAUUACCAAAUUUUGGGAAACACACCUUCUGGACAGUGAGACGACAGAACUUCUCAAAGAAGUUGGAAACUAUGGAUGGGAGGAUAGUAUUGAGAUUCUAUCGACCAUUUCUUGGACACCCUCACUCCCAACUGUCUUCAAAUCUAAAUACGGAUAUGAUCUGAAGCCUUUCCUUCCCCUGAUAAUGUACGGCGACAACAAUAUCAACACCCAAAGCUCAACGCCAGGUUAUAUCCAAUGUCAGCUCAAUACCCCGGAACAAGGACUUGGCUAUAUCAACGACUUCCGAGGUGCCCUGGUUGAAGGAUACCGAAACUAUCUGAAGGAACUUACAAAAUGGAUUACCUCGAAGCUCGAGCUUCAAAUGUCGGCACAGGUGUCAUAUAAUCUUCCAAUGGACAUGGAAGCUAACAUUCCAUUUGUCAAUGCACCAGAGUGUGAAAGUCUUCAAUUUGGGAAUAACAUCGACGGCUACCGACAGUUCGCAGGCCCAGCACAUCUUUCGGGAAAACGUGUCAUCUCCAAUGAGAUGGGCGCGGUGAUGUACGAGUCAUAUAACUUCCCCCACUCAGAGUUGCUCUUCUCCGUCAACAGGGCUGUGGUAGGAGGUGUCAACCAGGUAGUGCUCCACGGCCAAUCAUAUACGGGCAACUACUAUGGAACUACUUGGCCAGGCUAUACUGCCUUUAGCUAUCUAUUCUCAGAUUCAUAUUCCAACAAGCAGCCUUCCUGGGACCAUGGGUUUGGUGAUGUGCUGAACUACAUUGCGCGCGUUCAAUACUUGCAACAGUCCGGAAUUCCCAGAACGGACGUUGCUAUCUAUAACAAGGUUUCUGCCACAAACCCGAAUUUCCCAACCUUGUAUUCCUCUGAUGAUUUGAUUCAAUCCGGCUAUUCCUACACCUACUUGUCUCCAGAUAACUUUGCACUCCCUGAAGCGACCAUCAAGAACGGGAAAUUCGGUCCCAAGGGUCCUCAAUACAAAGCCAUCAUUGUGACUGCGAACAGUAAUCUCACCCUCGAAGGAGCACAGUAUCUUCGGAAAUAUGCCCGAGCAGGAUUCCCAGUGAUCCUCAGUGGGGGCGACCCCGGUGUAUACGCGACUCGUGACAACAGUGACAAAGCCUCUGUCAAGAAAGCUAUCACUACGCUCAAGCUGUCAAAGAAUGUGUACAGUGUAGCUAGUGGACAGGUUACCAAGAAGCUCCAGUCUCUUGGUUUGUCUCCACGGGUCGGUGUGCAGACUAACGGUACUUGGUAUACGACCUGGAGGGAGGAUUCAGUGCACGGAAUGGACCACGCAUAUGUGUUCUGCGACACGAAUGCAUCAAUUGGAAGCGUCACCAUACUCAGCACCAAGACACCCUUCUUACUUGAUCCUUGGACAGGAGACGAAAAGCCUCUUCUGAGCUACCAGCGCAAAGAUGACACAGUGAUCAUUCCUCUCGAGCUUGCUGGAAACCAAACUGUGAUUAUUGGCUUCAAGACUGAUAGUGGUCAUAAAGUCCAUGUCACUGAGACCUCUUCCGCGGUGCUCGGCGGUGACUCCAAGUCCAAUGGAGGUACAGUGUUGCACAUCUCAGCCAGCCAAAAGUCCAAAGCUUUGGGUCUCUCGAAUGGCAAGCAUGUCGAAGUUCCCAGUGGCGUUGCCAGCGCUACCAAAUUGUCAAACUGGACCCUAAUAGCAGAGCACUGGGAAGCACCGCAAAACAUGUCGGACGCAGCAAUCAUCGCCGCUAAACAUAACACAACUCAUUCUCUACGCUCCCUUGUCUCUUGGACACAGAUCGAAGGUCUCAAUAACUCAUCGGGUCUAGGCUACUACAGUAAUAGCUUCUCCUGGCCUCCAUCCAAAAGCACCGGAAAUGCCGACGGUGCUUACCUCGUUCUUCCACCUAUAAAACACGCAGCAAGGCUCUACUUGAAUGGGCAUCAGGUGCCGCCUCUUGAUAUCGCUGCUCCCAAGGCUGAUAUUACGUCGUAUCUUCGUGUCGGCCAAAACAAGAUCACUAUCAUUGUGCCUACGACCAUGUGGAAUUAUAUUCGAAGUAUCUUUGGUGAGAUUAAGAAUUCUGAUGCUGCGCCUAUGUUGAAUGAGCUUUCCCCCACACCUCCCCCGCGCAGUGACAAUGGGCUUGUCGGAGAGGUGAAGUUGGUUCCCUUUGUGAAAUUGAAUCUGUAG